AGUGUGAAUAUGGCAGUGCAAACAAUCAUAAUUUGGUUGCUGUGUUGCAUUGAGUUGAUUAUGGUACAAACAUUUAAAGAUGACAGUUUUAUGACUCAUUCAUUUGAUUCUAUGUACCAAAAUAAUGAGGACUUUAAUGAAGAUGUAUAUGUGCAGUUUGCAGAACCUCAGAAGGCUAGUUUCAGACAGAACUAUUCAGUCUUUUGUGGUAAAGAUUCUGUCAAAGUAGUUUUCCCCUUAUGUCCUAUUUCUGCUGUGAAAGUUUGGGCUUUGUCAAGAUCAUCCAUUCCAGACCAAGCUCUGGGGUCAGCAAAAGAAUGUGACUACUCUUUGACAAAGGAACGAGAGCUUCAUGUUCUUUGGGUCAGCUUCUCUGGAUGCCAUGUCACUGUUGAGGAUGGCAGAUAUACUCUGCAAAUGGUGUAUCGUAAUAAAAUGGGAUAUGCUGAGUUUGCCAUUGUGGCAUGUGAUGCCAACUCUGACGCGGCAUUGAAAAAACUCCGGGUUCCUCGUUCAAAUGAUGAUGACUGUGCACCGGAUCCAAUGCCAGCCAUGACGCCCAACCGAAAGCUGCCUCACAAAUACACAAGAGCAGGCUGUGACAUUCCUACUAGCCAAAGGUUUCCCUGUGGUCCGUCUGAAACUACAGCUGCUGAGUGCACGAGCAAAGGAUGCUGCAUGGACGAGACUGGUUCAUGUUACUAUGCAAUGGAUCGAUGUACAACUGAUGGGCAGUUUGUGUUUACUGUUUACUCUAAUGUUACAACAAUCCCUGUGAGCCCCCGAAGCUUGAUUGUGGCGUCCAAGGAGCCCUGUAAACCCAUCCUUGCUACAGACGAAUUCGCCACCUUCAAGUUCUCAGUGACCGAAUGUGGGACAAAGACUUAUAAUAUUGGUGACACCACCAUUUACAUGGCUGAAGUACGGACCGCCAUCAGAGCACUUAACUUGAAGUAUGGCAUCAUCACCCGAGAUCACCCUGUCAGGCUGAUGGUCGAGUGUCGCUACUCAAAGAUCAGUUCAACAAUGAUGAGGGCAACUGCUGGCUACAUGGUGAUGAGCCCAAGCAUGCCGCCCUCUGUGCAAUCUGGUGGACUAUAUGGAGUUCAGCUCAGGAUUGCAGAUGAUGAUACUUUCUCUUCAUUCUUGGCAAAUGGUCAUCUGCCCUUGAAGGUUCUCCUGGGUAAACCAUUGUACCUGGAGGUGCGACUAAAUUCCCCAAAACCUGAAGCAACACUCAUAGUAAACUACUGUGUAGCCUACACACGAUCUGCUACGAACGCCUUGGUUCUGCUAUAUGAAGGGUGUCCUAACCCUGGUCUUGCCUCUGUACAAUCUUCGUUCCUCCAUGUUCUGGACAUGCCACAGUCAUCUCACCAGCGCCGCUUUAGGGUAGCAGCUUUCCAGUUCAUGAAUGUGACCACUCAAAAAUACAUCAAUGAGGAGAUUUACUUUAUGUGCUCCACUGAAGUGUGUAUGCCUUCUGAGACUCCAUGUCGCAAGACUUGCUUUGAUGAGGUGAUAUAAUGGCUUCUUUUCAAAGGUGGACACUGCUUGACCUUUUCAGUACGUUUCAUAUUAAAGGUUUAUUUUAAAACCA